CCUAACCAAAUGAUGUGAAGUCAUUAGAAAAAAGUGACGGCUGAGAUUGUGUGAGCGCACACAUCCAAAAAUUCUACCAACCGGAAAGAUAACGCUAGACGAAAGGUGAUAUUUUUCCGGAUAGUCCAGCUGAAACUGAAGCGCGGUCUACAAGUCAGGCAGUCAUGACAACAACUCCCGUCGCCAAUCAUCCUAAUAUUUUCACUCACCGGGCGCCGCCGUCCUCCUCCUCCUCGUCUCCAUCGGCAUUCUUAACUCGUACGAGUUUCCUCCCUUUCUCUUCCAUCUGCAAGCGCAAUAGUGUCAAUUGCAAUGGCUGGAGAACACGAUGCUCCGUUGCCAAAGAUUACACAGUUCCUUCCUCAGCGGUCGACGGCGGACCCGCCGCGGAGCUGGACUGUGUUAUAGUCGGAGCAGGAAUUAGUGGCCUCUGCAUUGCGCAGGUGAUGUCCGCUAAUUACCCCAAUUUGAUGGUAACCGAAGCGAGAGAUCGUGCCGGUGGCAACAUAACGACAGUGGAAAGAGACGGCUAUUUGUGGGAAGAAGGUCCGAACAGUUUCCAACCGUCCGAUCCUAUGUUGACUAUGGCAGUAGAUUGUGGAUUGAAGGAUGAUUUGGUGUUGGGAGAUCCUAAUGCGCCUCGUUUCGUCUUGUGGAAGGGUAAAUUAAGGCCCGUACCUUCCAAACUCACUGAUCUUCCCUUUUUUGAUUUGAUGAGUAUUCCUGGCAAGCUGAGAGCUGGUUUUGGUGCCAUUGGCCUCCGCCCUUCACCUCCAGGUCAUGAGGAAUCAGUUGAGCAGUUCGUGCGUCGUAAUCUUGGUGGUGAAGUCUUUGAACGCUUGAUAGAACCAUUUUGUUCUGGUGUUUAUGCUGGUGAUCCCUCAAAACUGAGUAUGAAAGCAGCAUUUGGGAAAGUUUGGAAGUUGGAACAAACUGGUGGUAGCAUUAUUGGAGGAACCUUUAAAGCAAUAAAGGAGAGAUCCAGUACACCUAAAGCGCCUCGUGAUCUGCGUUUACCAAAACCAAAAGGACAGACAGUUGGAUCAUUCAGGAAGGGUCUGAGAAUGCUGCCGGAUGCAAUCAGUGCAAGAUUGGGAAGCAAAUUAAAACUAUCAUGGAAGCUUUCUAGCAUUACAAAGUUAGAAAAAGGAGGAUAUCGCUUGACAUACGAGACACCAGAAGGAGUAGUUUCUCUUCAAAGUCGAAGCAUUGUCAUGACUGUGCCAUCCUAUGUAGCAAGCAACAUAUUACGUCCUCUUUCGGUUGCCGCAGCAGAUGCACUUUCAAAUUUCUACUAUCCCCCAGUUGGAGCAGUCACAAUUUCAUAUCCUCAAGAAGCUAUUCGUGAUGAACGUCUGGUUGAUGGUGAACUAAAGGGAUUUGGGCAGUUGCAUCCACGUACACAGGGAGUGGAAACACUAGGAACGAUAUAUAGUUCAUCACUCUUCCCUAACCGUGCCCCAAAAGGUCGGGUGUUACUCUUGAACUACAUUGGAGGAGCAAAAAAUCCUGAAAUUUUGUCUAAGACGGAGAGCCAACUUGUGGAAGUAGUUGAUCGUGACCUCAGAAAAAUGCUUAUAAAACCCAAAGCACAAGAUCCCCUUGUUGUGGGUGUGCGAGUAUGGCCACAAGCUAUCCCACAGUUUUUGGUUGGUCAUCUGGAUACGCUAAGUACUGCAAAAGCUGCUAUGAGUGAUAAUGGGCUUGAAGGGCUGUUUCUUGGGGGUAAUUAUGUGUCAGGUGUAGCAUUGGGGAGGUGUGUUGAAGGUGCUUAUGAAGUUGCAUCUGAGGUAACAGGAUUUCUGUCUCGGUAUGCAUACAAAUGAAACCUGUCCUGGGGGUACUGCUAGGUCCAAACCUUGUUAGUAAUACGAUCAUGCCUUGGGAAUAUUGGCAUGUGCCUAUAAGUUUUGCUCAUUAGAGUUAUUUUAGCCUUGGUAAAUGAUUUGUACUUGAUAUCAGUCGUUUUCUUUGAGAUAAAAUGUUCCUGUUCAGGAAAUAUAAUGUAUAUCAAUUUUAAACACUUGAAUGUUGAAUAUCAUUUUUUCCCCUCAGCUUACCCAUAAAUGUGAAAGGUCCUUUGCUUCUGCA